CGCCGGUGUUGUGCCAGAUAGGAAAGAUGAGUGGUGGCCUUGCUCCCAGUAAAAGCACGAUUUAUGUCAGUAAUUUGCCGUUUUCAUUAACUAACAAUGAUCUCCAUAAGAUAUUUAAUAAAUACGGCAAAGUGGUCAAAGUCACAAUUAUGAAAGAUUCUAACCGCAAAAGCAAGGGUGUUGCCUUUGUCUUGUUCUUGGAACGUGAAAGUGCCCACAAGGCUGUGAAAGCCCUCAAUAAAGUACAAAUGUUUGGUCGCACCCUCUCUUGUAACAUUGCUAAAGACAAUGGACGCACACCAGAGUUUAUAAGAAGAAAGAUUUACAAGGACAAAAGUCAUUGCUAUGAAUGUGGGGAAGAGGGUCACUUGAGUUACAAAUGUCCAAACAACCUCCUUGGUGACAGAGAACAACCUGCAAAGAAAAAACGAAAAAAAUUCGAUGAUGAAUGUGACAAGAAAAGUUCUGAUGGUGACGAAGGUGAUGAAAGUUUGUCAGCUGCAAUUAAUUACCAGUACCAAAUGAUGGAGGAAGCUAAGAAUAUGUUAGAUAGCAGCAUGAACAUCACAACAUCGGAAAAUACCCAAACAUCCAAAAAGAAAUACAAAAAGGAUUCUUAUUUCAGUGACGAAGAGGAACUUGAUGACAGUUGAGAUUGCAUCUUCCCGCUAACCACUCCCCCUUACUCCUCCAUACUCUCCCCACAUUCCUGUCUUCUUUCCAAGUUUAAUGUUUCCAUUUUGUGUCUGAUUCUGUCGACAGAGUUCACUAAUUGACUUACUUUCAUCUUACUACAAUAAGACAUUGGCAAACGAGUGGAGAAACUUGCUAAAUGUUAUUUUGUUUUCCAUAGGAUGUAAUUUUACAUCGAUUUUAAGUUAAAUAUUUAUUGUAUAUAUAUUAUUGUGUGUGUGUGUGUGGAUGUUUCUUGAUGCAUGAUUCGUGUGGGUGGGUGGGUGUGUUUGUGGUCCUUGAGAAAAUAUUUUGAAAGUUUAGUAAAAAAAUUCAAAUAA